GUUCCCAAUCCAGGCACGGCUCGGAGAAGGGAGGCGGCGGCACUCCUCCUCCUUCUCCUCCUCCUCCUCCACCCACCCUCGCGCUCUCGUAAGGCGGGCACAAGCCGUCCCAGCCACGCAGAGCCGGCGCAGGAGGCUGGGCUCCAGCACACGGCUUGAGAUGCAUUGUUCCUGUGGGGAGGCUCGGAGCUGGAGGUGGCGGCGAGGGUGGCGACGGCGAGGGUUGGUGGCUGCGGAGCCCCUCCAUCUCGGGCCUCUCCUCGACUCCCUUCGCGCCGCGGGGCUGUAGGAAGCGGGCCCAGCGGCUCUCUAAAGACCCCUGCUGUCCUCUGUCGCUCGCCUCUCUUCCCCUGAACCGUUGGGCUGAGCACAGGCGGGGGCAGGGCAGCGCAGGCAGCUCCAAGGGGCUGGUGAUGCCCACAGCUGGGAAGGGGCAGCCGGCGCUGGCGCCCUCGCCAGGUAACCCCGACCCUGCCCGCCCUGCGCGAAGCUGUCCAAAGAGGGAGGCGACCCGCAGGAGCUGUCCGUGGUGCUGAAACCCGCUACGCGGGAGCCGCGUCAGUUAAAAGUGCACCGCUGCCCUCCGGGAACCCCGUCUGCUCCCAUCGGCGAGUUCCAGCCCAGCGCCUCCUCCAGCGCGAAGCUGUCCAAAGAGGGCGGCGACCCGCGGGCUCUCUCCCUGGUGCUGAAAAGCCUUACGAGAGGAGGAGCGCCAGGAAGGGACUUUGAACGGUGCACCUUUGCCCUCCCUGAUCCCUGCCUCCUCCUGGCCCGGCUGCUCUCAUCGGUCGGUUCCAGCCCAGCGCCUCCUCCCCCUCCCGCCCGGAUCCAGUUGCGCGGCGACUAAGCUACUAGAUCUGGUGGAGAAAGGAGACCCAGCCGAGUCUGCCUUUCCAGGAGCCAUGGCUGCGCUAACGAAGGUGGCCGCCGCCUCUUCCCUGCUGGUGGUGGUCCUUUGCGGUAGGUGCUUCCCGCCUGCGGUCCAGGAAACCAUGUGAAACGUGUGUAUUUGUGAGACAGCCAGAGAGAGGGGUUCCGUUUCAGUGGGAAGGAUCCCUGAGAAGGUCCUCUAUGAAGUCAUUAAUUGCCGAGUUGCCCCGGGGGCCUGAGCAGCUCCUCGAGAGAGAGAGAAGGGUUGCCAUGGCGAGCUAUUGUGCACCACUUUAAUUAAGGGGAGGGUUGUGGUUGUUUCCCGGUUGGACAGAGUCAAAGCGCAACCAUGGGCCUCGUGCACUUGGAUCUGCACGUGCACGAUAUCAAGUGAAGCCGGAGGAAAAUUGGUUGCGAAUUGCAAUGACUUUCAUAUUAACUUUCCUUCCCCCCACUCCACCCCAAGGAGGGCCUUAGGGAGCUGCCUUCUACCAGUCAGAUCGCUGAUCUAUCUAAAUCAAUAUUGUCCCAAGGUUUCAAGCAAGGAGUUUCUUCCAGCUUUGCUUGGCUGGUGGAGAUGCUGGGAAUUAAACUUGGAGCUUGCUUUCUCUCUAGGGAGUCUUUAGAAAAGGAGGCAACAGCCCAAGUACCUUUAAAUUCCCAUGUCAAAACUGAGUUUCAAAGAUGUUUUCAAGGGGCUUCCAACCAUUUCUUCUUCUUUUUGCAUUUUACCUCCAAAAUACAGUUGCAAUAGUGAAUCCAGCAGUAUUCAGGCAAGACUUUGGAUCCCAUGCUGUAUCUUAGAACACAGCAGUUUGGCUGCGAAGCCUUACAGAGAAACAACCCCUUAGACUGUGGAUUUGUCCCUUGUCAGACCGCUCAGUUAAACUGUGGAUCCCAAGGCAACAGAGGAACAGCUGGGAAUGAAGCCUGUAAAAAUGGAUAAACAGGUGUUGGAAGUGUCACAGGGAAAGGGUUGUGCCUCAUUGAAGGAGAACAUGUUUGCGAAAGUGCAAUUUUUUGUGCCAACUUUUAUUUAAAGCAUUGGGGGGGGGGUGCAGAAUGCACAGACAAUUACAGCCUUGCUCUUCAGUCAAUUCUAUGCACUUUUGAAAGUUAAAAGCAUUUUCACAUGCCACACUUAACAGUUUGUUUGGGGUGCAUUGGUUCGCUCUCCCGCCACCCCCCACAUCUGCAAUUCCCUAGUUUGGCUAAAAUGUGCAUUAAGUUUUAAAAUGGCUGUCUUCUCUUUUCUACAUUCCCUGAACAACAUUCUCACAUGUGUACAGAAAUGGUACAGGAGGGGAUUCAGAAAUGCUUUCAGAGUUCUGUGCAAAAAUGCUCUUCAGAGUAAAUGAAACCCCAGAGCAAUGUGCAGGCUUCUUGGCUCAAGGAAGAUGUUUUUCCUGAACCCCAUGUCUCUUGGGGAAACACUGGCACUGUUUGCUUAGCAAAAAGAAGCUGUCGUUGUUCAGUGUCAGUUAGAAAGGGUACAGUAAGCAUUAUCUACAUGCUUGGCUAGUAGCACUUAAGAGGGAAACAUUCAAACUGUUGAGUAGGAUCUGACUUGGUUCCAGCUGUUCACAUGAACUUGCGCAAACUAUGCUAUGUAUAAGAGAACCAGAAUGAUACUAAUUCUGGCAUCCUAAUUCUCACAUAAGAAUGGUGAUGAAAAGCUCUGUCGAGUCUGGUAGACUGCAAUACUGUGUUGGGGAUAGGACUUUUGAGGGGGGCAUUUUAUCAUUCGUAUUUUAUGCUUCUGCCUUUUUUAAAUGUUGUGAGCUUUUAGGAAAAAUAGCCUUUUAUAGAUGUCGUGUGUGUGUAGAAAUAUAGGUUUUCAUAAUGUGUUUUGCAGGGUCUCUGGGGAAAUGUAAAGAACAAACAUAAUAUUUUUAAAAAGAACCUGGGAGGGAGGGAGGGGGAGGUGACAUUUGCCUUUCUGAUUCAAAAAAGAACUUGCAGUUCUGGAUUAUAUAACUUCUGGUUGGUUGACUGUAUGUCACAUGUGCUUCAAUUGUAGCCGAAAUAAUCAAAGCAACAUUGAAAUCUCACAAUUCAGAUUUCUGUGUUGGAGGAAUUAGAUGGGACACUGCAUAAAUCUGCAAAGCACUAGUAAAUUCAGCACCAAGUUAUUAUUUAAUGUGGAUUAUUGGUUGAGAUCAACAUAGGAUGGAAGGUUUUUUGCAAAUCCUGAUAUUUAAUCCAUUCUCAACGAAUGCCAGUGUUGAAUUAAGAGAUUUAUUUUCACUGAGAAUCACAAGCAUCUUGAAUAACAGAUUGUUCUCUGUGUCGCUCCACCCCCUCUCCAUGUGUUUGUGUCUUCCUCUGUCUUUUUCCCUUCUUGGAAAUGGGUCCCUCUCCCAAUUGUCCUAUAUGCUCACAUAUCCAAACUGGGCUGCUGAUCCAUGGCUCUCCAGUGGGUGUCUGCUCUUCAGUGUGCGUUGAAGUACCUUCAGAGACAGAGGCAGUCCAAGGGUCGCGCAUGAAGCUGCUGUGUAUCUCCUGCAUGAAGCGAGAAGAGGUUUCUGCCAACACUCUGGUUCAGUGGUACUAUAAGACCGAAGGGGGCAUAGAUGAGCCUGUAAGUAUUACACUGGGUGCCUCUAGCUAUGAGCCUGUGAGAUGAGAAAUGGAAAAAGGGACCAGGAGACAUUAUUCUCUUCCUUGAUAAAGGGUGGGAGGAAAUAAGGUGAAAAGGAUAAAUCUCAGGUAAUGGGUGGCAGGGAAAACCAGCAAAAUGAGGAUCAUUUGCAAAUGCAUAGGUCUUCGCCUAUAACUAGACAUUUAUUAAUAGAUGUUUUGAUGAGGGUGCUAUUCCCAACAAGAUUCUCAUCUGGGUCCUCAAACCCUAUUAGGUGAUCUCCACAGGAGGCUUUGCUGCGAGGAGGUCAGAUCUGCUUUCCUAAAGGAGUUGCAAGGACUGAGCAGGAAUCUUACCAGCCAUCAGCUUCAGGCAUGCUAGAUCAGAAAGGUUAAAUGUCCUGAGAGUUUAAAUGCUGUUCACACAUCUUUUCAGAAGCUCUCCAAAAUAUUUACUGGUCCGGGAAGUCAUCAUCCUGGCAAAACAAAGUGCUAAACUCCAGUUUAUUCACAGAGCAGCUGAAGAAAACAUAUUGGUGUGAUAAAUACUUUUGCAUUGCUUCCUCUUUUUCUGUUCUGACACACAAGGACAGCUGUUCCACAGCUGCUUUUAGACCUCAGUUAUGACACCUGGCAAAGCACCCAGUGUUGGCCACACUACUGUUGAGAUGCCCCUGUAGCAUAAUCCAAAUAGACUAUCUGUUCAUGUUUAUUCUUGGGGAUCAUGUGUCAUUCUCUCCUGCUCUGCACUAUUGCCACCUUAUUUUCUUGUUCAAAGGGAGCGUAUUAAAUGCCAAUCCACACAUGCAUUUGUCACAUGUUUUCUUUGUAUUCGAUAUCCAUUGGAGCAGGGAAGAAGAGUUUAAGAUUAGGGAGGGCUCUGAAGAAGAUCUUUAAAAGAAGACUUUUCCAAAGAAACAUUUUAAACAGUCCGGUUUUGUUCCUUGCAACAGAAGACAGCACAAAGGUCUGAAAAUGACAGCAUCCUUCCUUACUCUGCUCCCUACAGAUCUACAAGUACGAAAAUGAGAAGCAGGAACUUGGGAGCCGCUUCCGUGGUCGUCUCCAAUGGGACGGGAGCAUAGACAUGCAGGAUGUGUCCAUCUCUGUGCUCAACAUCUCUUUGAAUGAUUCGGGGAUCUACACCUGCAAUGUCACUCGGGAAUUCAACUUUGAGGUUCAUCGACCAGUUGUCACCCGCUCUACACUCAUCCGUCUCACGGUGGUGGAAGAGGGUAUGAAGGAUGACGGGCAUGUCCCUUAAUUCUGGUGCUUCUUGGCAGUGGGUCUCUUGCAGUCACACACAAGAUGCUGAUGCAUAAGUUGGUAUUUUGUGUAAGGAGGGGGGGAGAGACUCCUCAAGUUUCAAGCAGUUUCUCCCACAUUUGCAUUCCGUAAAACAGGCUGAAGGGUUUGUCAAGGGCCAAAUUUAAGGAUGACUUCCUAGGUGACCCAGAGACACUCGCUGUGGGGCUGGUUAAACAUGGAUGGCGUUUUAUAGCCUUGAUGCCAAACACCCCUUAAACUACUCUGACCACUAUGCGGGGCAGGUGGGGGGGAGGUGGACAUUUUCUCUGAUCCAUAGAAGGGACACACAGUUCAAACUUGCAAGGGCCUAUUCAUUUCUUACUUCCUUUAAAAUACAAGGUAUACAUUUAGUGGAAGAACUAGGCCUGAAAUCUUUUCGAAUGAUUUUCACUCCAUGUUAGUGAGCUGAACAAACGAGCAGCAAUAUUUGCAUGUGUACAGUUUUGCCUUCAGAAAACUUGGUUCCAAAGCUUAUUUUGGAGCUUUAUCUCACCAUCCUUUUGUCACCAUUCCCCACGAGGGACUAUUGGGGAGCCGAGGCAGAAUGUAAUGAAAUGGGGCUUGUGAUGGACUUGGUGUAAUAAUAGGUAUAUGGCACUGUAUUCCACACUGGCCAAGCUUUAGGCCAGAUGUAAAAUAGUCCCUUAAUUCAAAACUAUAGACUUUUGCUUCUGUCUACCCUCUAAAACAGAACCCUCCCACUCACACAAAACUUUUGGGUCAUUAGGAAACUCAUGUCUUCCAUAUGGCAAUAUAGUUUUAGUUCAGAGUUUGUUUACCUGUAAAAAUAGUAGAGGUUCUUUCCUACCUCCAGUCACCCCCAGAUUUGAACUCAGUUCACCGCAAUGUUUAUCAUAAGAAUAUAAGAAGAGCCUGUGGCCCACCUAGUCCAGCAUCCUGUGCUCACAGAUGCUUGUGGAAAACCCUCAAGUGCAGGAGUGCUCUCCUCUUCCAGCAACUUAUAUGCAUAAUAAGUAUUACAGCUUCCACCCAUGAAGGUCACUAGCGGCCAUUGAAAACCUCCUCUUCCAUGAAUUUACUCAAUCCUCUUUUAAAGUCAUUCCAAUUGGUGACCAUCACUGCCUCUUGUUGGAGGAAAUUACUCUCUCUCUCAAAUCUAUCCUGAAUCUUUCAACAUUCAGGAUGUCCAUUAAUUCUAGUGUUAUGAGGGAGAAAAGCUCUUCUAUCUCCAUGCCAAGCAUAAUUUUAUAAAUGCCCACUAUGUCACCUCUUAUUUGUCUUUUCUCCAAACUAAAAAGUCCCAAGUCCUUGUAGGGAAUCACAUCAUCAUUUAGUUUACUUCAAUGAGUCAUCAAAACUGGGCUCAUUGGGGGGAAAGGGUUGUCCGUAGGCUGUUCUCUAAUGGCUUGCUGAGACUGUCAGUUUCAACAGAAGCAGCGCUAAAUGAUUGUUGAACUAAAUAUGGCUCCCUCCUGUUGCAUCUCAUUCCUUACGCUGUGUCUAUAUUGUUUUCUCUCUCUCCCCCUCUGCCAACAGCUGUGUACCCCUUUCUCCGUGUCCUUUUCACCCCUCUGUCUCCUUCCCUUGCUGAAGAUCCCUCCCUGAGUUUCUUGGUGGUUCUGUUUCCUUGUCUUCAGCACAAUAUAGAACAUCUGCAGAUGGGGAAAGUAAAGAAACAGGAAACAAAAGGAGAGCCUGUCAGGGUUCCAGGAUGGGCACAGACAUAGCUCUGUUUGUCCCAAGCAAAGUAUGUCAUCUGAGCGACUCUGCACGUUUGUGCAUGUGCUAAGGAGAACAUAUAGAAUCGUAGAAUAAUAGGGUUGGAAGGGACCCCAGGGGUCAUUUAGCCCAACCCCCCCAAUCUAAAGUGCAUGUGCAAAUGUCAGCCUUAUUGCCAAUGAUGCAGUGGGUGGCACCACAAAGUCUUCUAAGAGAUGGUAGAACCUCAGUUGUCUCACCCAGUUCUAGUGGUGAUCCUGCUUUCACCUCAUUUAGCCUCUCAACAUUUUUUGCUUACUCGAAAGCUCUGAUCCUCCCAACACUUGGGAGUGUUUGGUUAUAAUGUGCAUUACAUCAUGUUCUGCAUGAGUAUUUCAUCCAGAUUGUAAAGAAUGACAUGGGGGCACUAUGGUCUAUGGAAAAGAAAUUCUAUACAUUGCUCUGCAAAUAGCCUGAGGUUGUACUGUUCUACUGAGGUGGUGGUACAGUGGGAUCCUUGCUCAGUUUGCAACCACCAGCUGGCGAAUGGGAACUGUGUGUGUUUAGGUUCCUGGCUGCAGGUUACUAGUAAUUUUCCAGUUGGCACAAUCCAUUCCAUAAGAGUCAAUAGGCAUGCAACUGCCUACUGGCACAGAGCUUACAGUCCGAGCCAGAAAAGAAAGCCGCUCGGUUUCUGCAUGGCAAAUUACUUCCGUAUAGGAAGAUAUAGAAAAUCACACAGGCUCACAGGUUUCCAAAAGAUGGCUGCAAAGCAGGACACCAUGCUCUGUGGCCCACCAAGGCGGCUUUGCUCACGUGGCUCUUUCCCUUUCUUGUCCCCUACACAGCUGGAGAAGACUUCACAUCUGUCAUCUCUGAAAUAAUGAUGUAUAUUCUCUUAGUCUUCCUCACUUUGUGGCUGCUGGUAGAAAUGAUCUACUGCUACAGGAAAGUUGCCAAGGCAGAGGAGGUUGCUCAGGAAAAUGCGUAAGUGAACAGAAGAAUGUAAGAAUAGCCCUGCUGGGUUGGACCAAGAGCCCAUCUAGUCCAGCGUCCUGCUCUCACAGUUGACAUCCAGAGCCCCCCAAGGAAAGCGUGCAAGAAGGACCUGAGUGCAACAGCACUUUCUCCUUCUGUGCUUUCCAACACAUGGUAUUCAGAAGCAUUGCUGCCUCCAGUUGUGGAGGCAGAGCAUAGGGUUGUGGCUAGCAGCCAUUGAUAGCCUUCUGCUCCGUGAUGCUGGUCCAACAUGCAGCAGCCAGAUGAUUGGCUAAGAUUCCAUAUCGGAGUUCAUAAAACCACAAUUUUAAAACGGAGUCAUCUCUGUCCAAAAGAAGAUGGUACCUGAUACAGGUACCUUGAACUAGAACUGGGGGGGGGGGGGCUUUAAACUUUGCCCCUGCCAAGUCAUAAUCAGAAUCCAGUCACACAUCCUAGUGCCCAACUACUUGCAAUGGAAGGAAAGCCAUUUUCUCUCAUUCAAACAGCAGGUGUAGCAGCAGUAAGGAUUUCUAUCGGAUGGCAGAGGCAAAUGGUUAACCCCAGACACAUACACACCACGGUCCAAAUCUGACUCCCCACCUCCCAUGCUGGCUUAAAAAAAAAAAAAGCUAUGCAAAAGUGAGCUACAUUAUCAACAUCACAUCUGUUUCAGGAAGAUUUUAAUGUUUGGUGUUUUGUUGUGUUCCUUUAUAUUUUGUGGAAGCUGCCCAGAGUAGCAGUUAGAUGGGUGGGGAAUAAUGAUGGUGAUGAUGGUGAUGGUGAUGAUGGUAAUGGUGAUGGUGAUGGUGAUGUCUGGUCCCAAGAUCUCCCUUUUUAACUGGAGAGGUCAGCAAGGCUCAAACCUAGAAUGCUCUGGAUGCCACACAUGUGCUCUCCUACUUUGCUAAAGUCCUUCCCCAUAUAAACCACUUUUUAAAAUUGCCAGUUCAGGACUUUCUCCUUGAAGUACACUUUUCACCUUGCUCUCCAGGACUGACUACCUCGCCAUCCCUUCGGAAAACAAGGAGAAUUGUGCUGUGCCAGUGGAGGAGGAGUAGAAGAUGAAACCACGUAGGCGUACAGUGUGCAAAAAAAGGUGAAAAAGCUCUGUGCAAAUCACAUGGCAGCAGGGGAGGGCAUUGGCUGCCUAGCAAAUCCAAAUCUGUGUGAAGGCACCACCAUGGGGGACAUUCAUGAUCUCAAGGCCCAAGGAAGCUACUGAGCAUAUUUGAAAAUGUUCAGAUAUGAUCUGUGGAUGGAAUGUGGAUUGCCGUAGACAGGUCAGCAAUGGUUCCAAGUGACUCCAACAGCAAGAACUCUUCCAGGGAUUAUGGAGUAGAAGACAUGGUGCCAUCUUGAGAUUUCCCCCCUUGUAUGUAUUUUGCUGAAGGUAAGAGUCCAAAGCAGUCUUCCUGACAGAGAAUUCAAAGUACAAGAGACAUAAAACAAUUUUAGGGGGUCCAAAAGGUAGGUAAUUGGUUAUGCACUAAAACUCCUCUCCUAUGUGUGACUUCUACAAGCAGGCGGUGUGUUUUGCUCAUGCAGGUUUUCAUCUAAUCUUCUGAAAGUGAAAGGUGAAUCACAGUCUGGCUCUUUUUCCUUGUUUUCAGGGACUCGGCAGACACAAGGAGUAAGUCACUGCAGCCAGGUUUUGCAGGAGCCCAAGACCAGGAACCAUGAGGAAGUGUAAAUUUGUUUCGUUUGUCUGGAACAUCGCACUGCUUUGACUUCAUGGCUCUCAUUCCUUGAGCAAUCAGCCCAUUUGUUAAAGACUUUCCUUUGAGGCAUGCAAAGUCGGGGGGGGGGGGGGAGAGGUGCAGUACCUCCUCUGUUGCCCAUCGCCUCAAUGACUCUGUAAAUACUCACUCAUCUCUCGCUAGCACAGACUUUCCUUUGGGUGCAUUCAGACAUCACAGCUUCCUCAGCAUUAAGUGGCAUUCAUUUAGUCAUCAUUGCUUUUGGUGUUAAUUUCAGUAUGAUGCCCCAGUGAUGUCACAGAACAUGCCCCAGAUUUUCCUAGGGAAGCAGAUAACAGUGGGUCUGUUUUGGCCAAUACCUCCAGGAGCAAAUGGAAAGCCAGGCAGAAGCAAUACAGUAAUUGAACUGUUUAGUUUUUCAUGAACCUGUGGCACAGAAGGAGGAAAUGCUCGAGCCAGAGAUGUUUCCGAGGUACAUAGUGCACUGCUAAAAGAGUAGUGAUAUUAUACAGGUACUAGAUUGAGCCCUGGGGUAAGAGUGUGGCCAUGAAGCACCCUCUCUUUGCAUCGUAUGUGAUUUCCAUGUUGCAACACUCCAUAGUAUGUCAUAUACUGUGUGUAAAUAGGACAAGAGUCGUUAACUUGGGCAUUCUGUGAUUUAGUCAAACCCAAGCAGCAAACUUCUAAAAUAAUUUCCAACAAGAUUUGGAGGGCAGUGGCAAAUAACCACUUUGCAAAACACGAUGUUGUAAUGAAAGUUAAAAUUCUCCUUAGUGUUUGACGCAGUGACAGAGAUGCCCAGAAUUGUAGGGGCUUUAAGUCGGGUCAGGUGUCCUUUCAUGUACUUGAGAGACUGAAGCAGGAUGGACAAUUCUAACUGAAGUAUCGGUGGAAGAUGGCAAUAUGAACCUUUCAUUUCAAAGAGCUCUGUGCUUUUAAUAACCGCACAGCACUGAAAAAAAUUAUUCAGCUAUUCCAAUCUCAAACAAAGCCUGCCACUGCCAGUACCAUGUUAUGCCCUCCAAUUGCCAUAUACUAUUUUAUUAUCAGGCAGGGGUGAUGUAAUUCCAGGUUCACAGGUCUGAUCUGCCCCCGCUAUCAUAUUUUUCUGCCCCCUCUUCCAAGACCCAACCAAUUUUGACAGCAGCAAGAAAGAGGGGAAAUAACACAGAGGGCCAGCCCAGCACCCAGAUAGGGGUGCAAAUCUCUCACUUCCCGGUUAUCAGACCAACUUCAGUGAAGAGGAAGCAAUACCCACUGCCAUCACCCUUAACGGAUCUGCACAGAUCAGCUGAAUAGGAAGGCUGUCUGCCUAUGUGCAUAAGACAUGGGGUGGUCACAGCCACAAGUUGUCCUUCGAGGAUUGGGCCAAGGUGGGUUUGUCCCCCUGGGCCAGUAAAAAGGCCACCCACCCUUUAGAAGAUCUGCAUAAAUAAAAUCUAAACUUCUAUCUGGUAAUGGUUUGCUUUAUGGUGGGGUAGAACACUGAGCACAAUUUUUCUUUUCAGCAAAGGAAUCUGAAGACUGUGCAGGGGCGCAAAUAUUAAGCCUAGCUGUUUGGUAGGAUCAGAUUAUUGCCCAGGCAUGCAUUAUUUUCUUUCACAGUAAAUGAUAGUAUUAGAAAAAGCAUGAAUAGCAAAGUACUUUGCUGUAGUUAAAGAGCACAAUCCACCACAAAGACUCAUUGUAGACUUAAUGGCAAACCAUGGUUUGUUGCUACAAAUAUGAGUGGCAGGGUUAUGCUCCCUUCCCUCCCUCUGGCAUGCUUAGGAUUUCUCUGGGGAGAGCUAAGCCAUGAGCCCAGAUCGUCACAGCAGCAGAACGAUCAGGGUUGCAAUUGGAAGUUUCUGAACAGAGGUUGCAUGGCCAUGUGCCAGGGUUUCAUUAGGGGUUGGACUAAAUGACCUAUGGGGGACCUUCCAGCUCUAAAAUUUGAUAAGUCUACAAUUCCUCUCUAGGAGUCCACAAUGGUUCAUUCAAACCACAUCAUGGUUUAGCUUAGCGUUGUGUGUGAACCAGGUCCCUGUCUCAGUAAUUUUUGGAGCAACCCUGUAAGCUUUUUUUUUUUUACUCUCCCCCCCUCCAAAUAUAGCAAUGCUGAUGCUACUCAGCGAGCAUAUACCUGUACUAAUUCAUUAAUCUUAUUUAUGAAGCUUAUAUCUGAAGCUUAGAGCUGUAACUCACCUUCUUCAACAUGUCACGCUUCGUGGAGUUACUCAAAUUGUGAACCAAAGCAGCACCCAUAAUUCCACAUGGCGAAGGGUCCAGCUGUCAUGCCCACUUUAAGCGCACUCCAUCACAUCCUGCAGAAAGUAACCAUGGAGGAGCUUUCUUCGCACUAAGGCCUCCUUCUUGAUUUUGCCCAUGAUUUGCCAUUUAACCCUUGGGAAGUGAUCUGACCCUAAUCCAGUUGAGCCUAAAUCCAGCCUCUGCAUUCUUUACCCGAUAUAAUAGAAUCUGGUAACACCCUCAGCUCUUGAGGUGGGGCAAUUAAGUAGCAGUUCUGGAACCAGGAAAGCUUCAGAAGAAUGAAUGGUAAAGAUAAACCCCUUAACAUUUUUUCUCCCACACAACUACUUCCAUAAUUCUUUAAGAAAUAACACCUUCUCCCGCCUGCCUUCUAAUGCAGUAGUUCAUAUGGGAUUUCUGACGGUGAAUACAACCUCCCUUGGUGGGAUGCCUUACAUGGGCACACAAAGGUAAUCGUGUAUGAUGUCUUCAACUCAAAAGGUAGACUGUGUCUUCUGUCUGUGAUGUGUGUGGAAAAGGCACAGGAGAUGUAGAAAACAGACAGCAAAAUAAAAAGCAAAAGAACCCACGUGAUGCUUUUUCUCUCUCUUUUGUUCAUUAUAUUUUAUUCAUACUCUUAUUCCAUUUCCCCCCCUAGCUACUUUACAUUAAGAUUUUGGCUUUGUAGCCUUUUUUUAAACUCCUAGUUUCUAGCAGUCAAGUUUGUGGUGGUGGUUGUUGUUUUUUUCCUUUUAAAUCAAUUUGUAUACUAGACUUUGCGCACAGCGCAAAGUUUUUUAUUAUAGUUACAGAGUCAGACACACAGACACAGCCAGACAAUUCCUACAGACACAACCAGGGGUGUCCUCUGCACAUCAGCCCAAUGCCAGAAUUUUGUCUUCCUACCACAGACCCUUCCAGCUGUGGGAAAUAUUUGGGAGGUGCGGAAGGGCUAGGGCCUCUGGUCUGUUCCCUUUAUGUCUCUCCCCUCCCCCCGCUCCCCCCCCAAAAACCCCACCCCUCCACCAAUAAAGGUGUUGAAAUGUAGUCAGGAAAACUUGCACAUCUGAGAAAUAAUUGUCAGUAACUAAGCCAGAUGUUCAUGCUUAAGGUGGGGGGGGGGAGGAAGAGAGGUGGGUUUAAGGUCAUCAUCAUCACCACACAGGGAACAUUAUAAUGAAGUGGCUGCUCAUUUCUCAAGGAAGCAGUCACAGAAAUCACUCUCCCAGACUCCAGAGGAGAUUGAACAAUGGGGCAAUCACCCAAGCAGCUUCCAAUCCUUUGCUACAUUAUGCCAC